AACAUGUUUGUGGCCUUCAGUCAGACAUCUCUGAAAAAAAAAAAGAUUCAAAUACAGAUAGGUUCUAUAUUUUUUUUUGCAUUUUCUUGUUAUUCAUGUUUCGAGACGCUCGGCCUAUAGCACUGAGAAAAUUGAAUCCUUUUUCAAGACAAGAUACGAGAAAGCAUCGCACGUCAGACUCUAUACACAGUGAUGAGGAUCCAUUACUAGAUGAGGAAGCAGCUCUUGACUUGAUUCAUUCACCUACAUUACCUCGCACAACAAUACCAGUCAAUAAGACUGAAAAGAAAAAGAAAAAGUCAUGGUUUAGCAAAAAGAAAGUAUAUUCACCAAGAACUAUAUCACUUCAAGCAGAAGACAAAGAAAAGAGAAAAUAUGCUGCCAAUAUGAUUAUCAACCAAAAGUACAAUAUCUUUACUUUUAUUCCUAUUGUGCUAUUUGAACAAUUUGUGAUUUUCUUUAAUCUGUAUUUCUUGCUUGUGGCAUUAUCACAAUUUGUUCCUGCUUUAAAAAUAGGCUAUAUUUUGACUUAUUUCGGCCCACUCUGUUUUGUGUUGCUGAUUACAAUCAGUAAAGAAGCUUUAGAUGAUUAUCAACGCUAUAAAAGAGACAAAGAAGCCAACGCUCAACUCUAUCAACGUCUUACAUCCACUGGAUUUCAACAUAUACCCAGUUCCAAAAUCCGCGUGGGUGACAUGAUCCAUAUCAAAAAAGAUCAACGUAUUCCUGCAGACAUGAUCUUAUUGCGUACCACAGAAGAUACAGGUGCUAGUUUUAUUAGAACAGAUCAACUAGAUGGAGAAACAGACUGGAAACUACGAUUAGCCAUUCCUUCUUUACAAAAAUUAGCAAGUGAUACAGACUUAUUGAACAUACAAGGCCAUGUCUAUGCAGAUGCACCUCACAAGGAUAUUCAUAGUUUUAUAGGUAAUGUCUCUAUGAGUGAUCCCCAGACAGGUGUAGAGAGAACAGAGCCCUUGGGUGUAGAGAAUACGAUGUGGACAAAUACAGUCUUGGCUUCAGGAUCUGCUAUCGGGUUUGUGAUCUAUACCGGUAAAGAUACGCGUGCUGUCAUGAACACAAACCAUCCCAAGACAAAAGUGGGCUUAUUGGACAAAGAAAUCAAUCAAUUGGCCAAGAUUUUGUUUAUUGUGACCUUGUUGUUGUCUGUGGUGAUGGUCGGAUUAAAUGGAUUUAGAGGUGUAUGGUAUAUCUAUGUGUUUCGAUUCUUGAUCUUGUUUAGUUCUAUUAUUCCUAUUGGUUUACGUGUCAAUUUGGAUAUGGGCAAGACAGUAUAUGCAAGACAGAUUGAAUACGACGGUGAAAUUAUGGGCACGAUUGUUCGUACAAGUACAUUGCCUGAAGAACUAGGCCGUGUAGAAUACUUGUUGACAGACAAGACAGGCACAUUGACUCAAAAUGACAUGGAGCUCAAGAAACUUCAUAUGGGUACCAUGUCUUAUAGUCUAGAUACCAUGGACGAAAUUCAGUCACAUGUAGCAACUGUGUUUGAUCCCCAAGCCUUGGAUGCCUCCAAGGGACGUCGUCAUAUUUCAGCACGUAUACGAGAUAUUGUACAAGCCUUGGCUUUGUGCCAUAAUGUCACACCAGCGAUGGAUACAGAUGGACGCAUUACUUAUCAAGCCUCAAGUCCUGAUGAAGUUGCUAUUGUUAAAUGGACAGAGCAUAUGGGUCUAACACUUGUGGGUCGAGAUGUGAAUACAAUUCAGUUGCGUGUCGAUGCGACAGGCGAUAUUUUGUAUUAUGACAUAUUGAACAUUUUCCCCUUUUCAAGUGAGACAAAACGUAUGGGUAUCAUUGUUCGUAACAGACAGACACAAGAAGUUCAUUUUUACGAAAAGGGUGCAGACACAGUGAUGGCCAGGAUUGUACAAUACAAUGACUGGUUAAAUGAAGAAUGCGAUAAUAUGGCUAGAGAAGGGUUGCGUACACUUGUUGUAGCCAAAAAGAGUUUAUCAGAAGAUGCCUACCAAGACUUUGUAGCAAAAUACCAUGAUGCUGAAGUAUCUCUGCACGAUCGAAACAUGUUGAAACAGACAGUGAUUGAGACCGUAUUGGAAUCGAAUCUGGAAUUACUGGGUCUCACAGGCGUAGAAGAUAAAUUACAAGAAGGGGUCAAGAACACACUGGAACAAAUGCGUAAUGCAGGAUUGAAAGUAUGGAUGUUGACUGGCGACAAGAUUGAAACAGCUACUUGUAUUGCCAUUUCAUCCAAACUAGUUUCACGUAACCAAAGUAUCCAUACAGUCGCUAAACUCAAGACAGCCAUGGAAGCAGCAGACGAAAUUGAUAAUUUGAGGACAAAGACGGACCAUUGUCUGGUGAUUGAUGGGGAAUCACUUCAACUCUGUCUGGAUCAUUUUGUGGAUGAAUUUAUAGCCAUUGUGACAUUAAUGCCUGUCGUGGUGUGUUGUCGUUGCUCGCCUACUCAAAAGGCAGAUAUUACACGAUUGAUCAAAGAAUACACUCAGAAACGUGUACUUUGUAUUGGUGAUGGUGGUAACGAUGUAAGCAUGAUUCAGGCUGCUGAUGUGGGUGUGGGCAUUGUGGGCAAAGAAGGCAAACAGGCUUCUUUAGCUGCUGAUUUCUCGAUUACUCAGUUUAGCUUCUUGACCAAAUUGUUACUAUGGCAUGGCAGAAACAGUUACAAACGAUCUGCUAAGCUCUCUCAGUUUGUCAUCCAUCGUGGUUUGAUUAUUUCCAUUAUGCAAGCUGUGUUUUCUGCCUUGUUUUAUUUUGCACCUAUUGCUUUGUUUCAGGGUAUGUUGAUUGUAGGCUAUGCUACAAUCUAUACAAAUGCGCCUGUGUUCUCGCUUGUAUUGGAUCAAGAUGUAAGUGAAGAGAUUGUCAUGAUGUACCCAGAACUCUAUAAAGACUUGACCAAGGGUCGAUCUUUAUCUUUACGUACUUUCUUUACCUGGUUGUUGAUCAGUGUCUAUCAAGGAGGUGCCAUUAUGAUUCUAUCGAUUAUUCUGUUUGAAGACGAAUUUAUUCAUAUCGUGUCCAUCUCUUUUACAGCAUUGAUCUUUAAUGAACUCUUAAUGGUAGCUUUAGAGAUCAAUACAUGGCAUCGUAUCAUGAUUUUAGCUGAAGUGAUUACUCUUUUGAUUUAUUUUGGGUCAAUGUGGUUAUUACCCACUUACUUUGACAUGACAUUUAUUUUAACCAGUCGAUUCGUAUGGAAAGUAGCUGUGAUUACGGCUGUUAGCAGUUGUCCAUUGUAUAUUGUCAAGGUCAUCAAAAGAAGAAUUGCUCCACCCAGUUAUACGAAAUUGACAUAA